UAUUUAAGGGGGACAGGAGCACUGGGAAGAUCAGAAAGCUCGAAAUACUCAGAGCAUACACGCACAGCGACGCACAUUCACACAGGCACAAGCGUACAGACACACACGUCUAAAAUUGAGAAGGAUAGACUCAACCAUCAAAUAGUUUCAAACAGUCAAUUGGAAAUUUCUGGAAUGAAUAAGAAAGUGAUUUGCCUGGUCUUGUUGGGAAGCCUGAGCUUUUUCUGCAGUGAAGGUGUUACAGCAGAUCCCUGCUGCUCACAGCCCUGUCAGAACCGGGGUGUGUGUGUAUCUAAAGGUUUAGAUGCCUAUGAGUGUGACUGCACCAGAACUGGAUACUAUGGAGAGAACUGCACCACACCGGAACUUUCCACGUGGAUCAAGUCCAAUCUGAAGCCAAGCCCAAACACAGUACACUAUCUGCUGACACACUAUAAAUGGAUCUGGGACCUCAUUAAUAACAUCUCGUUUCUGAGGAACACUUUGAUGCGCUACGUCCUUACAUCGAGGUCGUAUUUGGUGGACAGUCCACCAACUUACAAUGCUGAUUAUGAAUACAAAAGUUGGGAGGCGUACUCCAACAUAUCCUACUACACUCGUACACUGCCCCCAUUGCCCAAACACUGUCCAUCAACGGGCACCAGGGCUCUUCCUGAUGCCAAGCAGGUGGUGGAAAAAGUCCUUCUGAGACAGAAGUUCAUUCCUGACCCACAGGGCACGAGUCUGAUGUUUGCAUUCUUCGCUCAGCAUUUCACCCACCAGUUCUUCAAGUCUGACUUUAAGAAAGGACCAGGCUUCACCAAAGCUCUAGGCCAUGGAGUGGAUUUAAGUCACAUCUAUGGAGACAGUCUGGAGACACAGCACAAACUGAGACUUUUCAAAGAUGGAAAGCUGAAAUAUCAGAUAUUGGAUGGUGAGGUGUACCCUCCUUUGGUUAAAGACGUUCAGGUCAAGAUGCACUACCCACCCCACAUUCGUGAGGAGUUCCAAUUCGCAGUAGGCCAUGAAGCAUUCGGCCUGGUCCCUGGCCUUAUGAUGUAUGCCACUAUCUGGCUCAGGGAACACAACCGUGUGUGUGACAUUCUGAAGCAGGAGCACCCCGACUGGGAUGAUGAGCGUCUUUUCCAAACAACACGCCUUAUUUUGAUUGGUGAGACUAUCAAAAUCGUGAUUGAGGACUAUGUUCAGCACCUGAGCGGCUACCACCUCAAGCUUAAGUUUGACCCUGAGCUCCUCUUCAGUGAGAGGUUCCAGUAUCAGAACCGCAUCGCGUCUGAGUUCAACAUGCUGUACCACUGGCACCCACUGAUGCCUGACACAUUUCAAAUCCAGCGCCAGGUCUAUACAUACCCCCAGUUUCUCUUCAACAACUCCAUAGUGGCACAGUAUGGGAUCAGCAACCUGGUGGAGUCUUUCAGCAAGCAACAGGCUGGCAGGGUCUCUGGUGGAAGGAAUCUGCCUGCUGCAGUGCAGGUAAUGGCUACUAAAAUCCUGGAGCAGAGCCGCGAGAUGCGUUACCAGUCUUUUAAUGCUUACAGGAAGCGUUUCAACAUGCAGCCAUACAGUUCCUUCGAAGAACUGACAGGAGAUAAAGAACUUGCAGCAGAACUGAAGAGCCUGUAUGGAGAUGUGAACUCUGUGGAACUCUACACUGGCCUAAUAGUGGAGAAACCAAGGCACAAUGCUGUGUUCGGAGAGACCAUGGUUGAGAUGGGUGCCCCCUAUUCCCUCAAAGGGCUUAUGGGAAAUCCUAUCUGUUCCCCCGAGUACUGGAUGCCCAGCACGUUUGGUGGCAAAGUGGGAUUUGAGAUUGUAAACACGGCCUCUCUGAGGAAGCUUGUCUGCCUCAAUGUGAAAGGACCAUGCCCGAUUGUGUCCUUCAAAGUGCCUGAGGACAAAGUGCACAAUUUAGAAAACAUUAACUUGAAUUCAACUCCUUCUGGAGACAGCAACAUCAAUCCCACUGUCUUACUGAAAGAACGGACUUCAGAGCUUUAAAAAUGACAACGUGCACCACUGUAUGAUGACAUUUUUUUCCAAAAGUAUUUUCAUACAUUUUUAGUCAUUUGUUAUUUAUGACAUUAUUUAUUUACAUCCAUCCAUUAUCUGUAGCUGCUUAUCCUGUUCUGCAGGGUUGCAGGCAAGCUGGAGCCUAUCCCAGCUGACUAUGGGUGAGAGGUGGGGGUACACCCUGGACAAGUCGCCAGGUCAUUGCAGGGCUGACAUAUUUAUUUACAUAUUUAUUUAUUUAUUCAUUCGUUCAUUCAUUGCUGCUGAAAUGGAAAAUAAUUUAAAAUAUGUGUUUUUCAGAAAUGAUUGAUUAAAUGACUGGAUUUCUAUUUGUAAUAAUUUUAAAUAAAAGUUCUAUCAUUUUCAUAAAAAAUA